CACACACAGGAAAAUAUCAGGUUUCUUCAUCGGGGGGGGAUUCCUGAACUCAGGGUUCUCGUUGAGAAAUCUCAGCCUCGCUGCCGAUAUUAAGACCCUGGAUGUUUCUGUGAGCAGAAGAGAAGCCCGAACUCGGAGGGACACACCAUGAAGUUGGAUUUGGCCGUUUGUUCGUCAUUGCUCCUCAUCUUGCUGUCUCCAGUUUGCUGCCAGCAGUCUGUGAACUGCAGAUGGGGUCCUUAUGGAGAGUGGUCCGAGUGCGACGGCUGCACCAGCACUGAGGCGCGCACUCGUCACGUGGAGGUGUACGCCCAGUUUGGGGGUGCGGCGUGUUCAGGGGAAGCCACUCAAACACAACCGUGUGUUCCGCAGAAAAGAUGUCCCCUGGAAACGGGCUGUGGAGACAGGUUCCGCUGCACCUCUGGUCAGUGUAUCAGUCGCACUCUGCUGUGUAACGGAGACUUCGACUGUAACGACGGUCUGGAUGAGAGAGGCUGUCCCCAAGACGACCAACAGUUCUCGUGUGACCUCGACAAAACGCCUCCGAACGCUGACUUCACAGGCAGAGGGUACGACGUGUUGACGGGGAAACUGAGAGCAGGCGUGAUCAACACUCAGAGCUUCGGAGGUCAGUGCAGGAAGGUGUUCAGCGGCGACCACAAAGUCUAUUACAGACUUCCGCAGAGCGUCCUCAGGUACAACUUUGAGGUGAAGGUGGACAACGAAGACACCGAUGAAUCCUACGAAAGUUCCUGGUCGUACACUCAGCACAUCCAGGCCAACGCCUUGUUCGGACACGACCGCCGCACCUUCCACAAGGACCUCACCGAGAACAAGGCGUCCAGAUUAAUAAUCCUGAAGAAUAAAGUGGAACUGGCCCAGUUUCAGAACUCCGCCCCUCAGUAUCUCACUCUGUCCGAAGGCUUCUGGAAGGCCUUGUCCUCGCUGCCGUUCACAUACGACUACUCCGCCUACCGCCAGCUGCUCCAGACGUACGGCACGCACUACCUCUCCGAGGGCUCGCUGGGCGGCGAAUACCAAGGCUUGUUGGAGUUGGACCGCCAGGCGCUCACUUCGACCAGUACAACAGAUACCGAGUACAAGAGGUGUUGGAAGAAGGUGAAACGCCGGUUCUUCCGGAAGAAAGUGAAAAUCACGUGUGAGACAUUCAUGAACUCCAUCUCCUCCAGGGACGGACACAAUGUGAAUAAAAUGCCCAUUAAAGUCAACGUGUUCGGAGGAGACCCGUCCUUCAUCGGCGCUCUGAGUGUUCUGGAUCUGGAAAAGCCAGAAACUAACGGAGAGAUCUACGAUAACUGGGCCUCGUCUGUCAAAGACUUCCCCAACAUCAUAGACCAGAAGCUGCGUCCUCUGCACGAGCUGGUGAAGGAGGUGCAGUGUGCGGGUUUGAAGAAGCUGCACCUGGAAAGAGCCACGGAGGAGUACCUGUCCGAGGAGCAUCCCUGUCACUGCCGUCCCUGCCAGAACAACGGCCAGCCGCUGCUGAGCGGCUCCGUGUGUCGCUGCGUCUGCCGGCCGGGGACCUCGGGGCCGGCCUGCCAGACUGGAGCUGUGAUCGGAGAGCAGCCAGGGCUGAUCCAUGGCGGCUGGAGCUGCUGGUCCUCGUGGGGAUCGUGUUCUGGAGGUCGAAUGUCAAGAACUCGCAGCUGCAACAAUCCCGCUCCCAGCAGAGGUGGACAACACUGCACUGGACCGAGAUCGGAGCAGAAGCCUUGUGAGGACCCACAGAUCCAGUAUUUACAGACGAUGGAGCCUCAGUGUUUCAGUCUCUCUGUGACGCCACCAAAGACCUGUGGUCCGCCUCCGAACCUGAGGAACGGCUUCAUCCAGAAUCCCAGAGAUUUCUACGUGGUGGGAAACACGGUGGAGUUCUCCUGCACAGAGGGACAUUACCUCAGUGGAGACGCCGUGACCCGCUGCACUGAAAACCAGACGUGGACGCCGAGGACGACGGUUUGCAAAAGUACCACGUGUGGGAUUCCGCAACUCGGCGCUGAAGUUAUGGCCACGCCCACCAAAGCGGCCUAUCAGAUCGGAGACGGGGUGUCCCUCUCCUGUCCUGCAGGGUCGCUGCUGGACGGCGAGGUGUCAGAGGUCAUCUGUAGUCCCAGUCUGCAGUGGUCUCCGUCUCCUGCAGGCGCUCGUUGUAAAGCAGCGCCCACAGCUCCUCCUCCUCCAUCCGGCCUGAAGUGUAAACCGUGGGAGACCGCAGGGAAAAACAAGUGUGUGUGUAAAAUGCCGUUUCAGUGCACGGCUUCACUGCUGUUGUGUGCCAGACUCGGCUCGGCCCCGAAGCUGCUCAGCACGUGUCAGCUCGGAGCUCUGCAGUGUCUCGGUCGCAGCUUCUCUCUGACCAGCGACGCCGACUGUCAAUGGCCAGAGGGGGCGUUCUGUCAGGAGUCAGCGAGAGAAUGCCCCACAGACUCCGCCCCCCUGUGCGUUAGCUCUGGCGUUGUCACGACGAUGACGGAAUGCGAGGUGGGAGCGAGGAGGUGUGGGGGGGAGCUGAUGAACGUGAUCGGCAUCGACGCUUGUCCAGAAUAAAAACUUUGUUUGUUUCUUAUUUAAUCUGUAAAUUAAACAGGAACAUUUAAUAAUGUAAAUAGAUUCAUUCAAGUUUUUGUUUUUAUAUAUUUGUCACAGAGGACGGAUGAUUGGCGACAGUUGCG